UGAUCAUCUUACCUAACCUAGACAUCACCACAGAAUCGACUACACAGCCCCGACCCUCUACUACAACACACGAUAUUUGGCUGCAUUGGAAUCAACGUCUACUUCGUCGACCGAUUUGGGAAAGCGGACGGACAGCGCUCGCUCAAUUACCGCCAGGCGCCUCCCAACAAACGCCCCCCCUCCAAACCGCAAACCACAAACCACAUCCACAGCCACCUGAAACAUGGCGGAACGACAGCUCACGCAGAUCCUGACGCAGCUCAAGUUGCAGUCCUCGACGCUGAGCUACGCCGAGUCGUCGUCGCUGCUAUCGAAAGCGAAGCUGCUGCUGGUGCAGCUCAACGCGCUGACGCCGCCCUUGGCAUCCUCAGCUGCCAACAACACAAGCUCGCCGACGGUCCUGGCGCUAGCGCGCGAGACAUACGAGCAGGGGGCGCUGGCGGCGAUCCGCGCGCGCAACCCCGAGGCGUUCACGCGCUACGUGUCGCAGCUGGCGGGCUUCUACGAGCUGCCCGCGUCGGUGCUGGCGCCCAACCCGACGGAGCGGAGCAAGGUGACGGGGCUGUACCUGCUGCUGCUGCUGACGCAGGGCAAGUACGCUGAAUUCCACAGCGAGCUGGAGGCGCUGUCGGCGACGGGGCGGUGGGGCGGCGGCGACGGCAGCAGCGGCGUUGUCGAUAUCGAGGGCGAUCGCUUCCUCGGCUAUCCGAUCCGCUUGGAGAGGUGGCUGAUGGAGGGUAGCUACGACCGCGUGUGGCGAGCUAUGAAGCAGGGCGAGGUGCCGUGCGAGGAAUACGGCGUUUUUUCUGAAAUUCUACGAACACAGAUCCGCAACGAGAUUGCCAGCAGCAGCGAGCGCGCCUACCCGUCCCUGCCGCUGUCGUCGACAAAGUCCCUCCUGUUUCUGGAUUCCGAAGGAUCCGUCAUCGAUUUUGCUUAUAGCCGGGGCUGGAACAUCAAAGACGGCCAAAUCAUUUUCCCGUCACCUAGCGCCGCUGCGGCCGCUACGGCAGCCGCCGAGGGGGGCGAAGACGGCGACCAAGAGAAGGAAAUGAGCCAAAUGGUGAUUGAGAAUACGCUAGGAUAUGCGCGACAGCUUGAAACGAUUGUCUGAGUCCUAGACAAGUCUAAGUGGACAAGCAGUAGGUGCAUUGAAGUGGUGGGAGUCUUUGGUGGACAAAAAUCGUACUCACUGGAACUCCUUUUGCUUGUACAGAUAUGCGUAGAUCAUAGAGGAUAGCCAAGGGAAUAGCAGUGCGGCAGAUUUGCAGCAUU